AUGAUUAUGGCAAAAUCCAUGACAGAUGUUAGCAUUAAUCUUGCAAUUGUGUUUCUGAUUACUUCGGUAGUACUAACUUUUGAUACAAUUGUGGUCUUUUGUAGUGGAAACAACAGCUCUCAUCAUGUGGUUUGCGUGGAGAAUGAAAGACGAGCCCUUCUGAAAUUCAAGCAAGAUCUAAGUGAUCCUUCAAAUCGUCUCUUCUCAUGGGUUGCUGAUCAAUCAGGAGGGAACUGUUGCGAAUGGGUUGGAGUUGUCUGUAACAAUUUAACAGGCAAUGUCCAGGAGCUCCACCUUCAAAAUCCUUUUCUUGACGCUAUAUUCAAUGUCCAAUAUCUAAGUAAUGAUGAAUAUGAAGCUUUUGAAGCAUCUAUUCUGGGAGGUAAGCUAAACCCAUCCUUACAGGAUUUGAAGCAUCUGACUUACUUGGAUCUUAGCGGCAACAAUUUUAAUGGGAUUCAGAUUCCAAGCUUCAUUGGUUCCUUUGGGAGCUUAAGAUAUCUUAAUCUCUCCUUUGCUGGAUUUGGAGGUGUCAUCCCAACUCAACUAGAAAACCUCUCUGGGUUGCACUUCCUUGAUCUUUGGGGAGGUUUUGAAGGAGUGUUUCCUCAUCAACUGGGGAACCUCUCCAAUUUGCACUCCCUUGAUCUUAGGGGAGAUUUUGAAGGAGUGAUUCCUCAUCAACUGGGGAACCUCUCCAAUUUGCACCAUCUCAGACUUGAAGGUUGGGGCAAUCUAUAUGCUCAUACUCUUCAAUGGAUUUCUGGUAGUUCCUUGUUGCAGCACCUUGAUCUGGAGUACGUGAACCUCAGCAAAGCACAUGAAAUCAACAUGCUCCCUUCUUUGGUAGAGUUACACUUGGUCUAUUGCGGGAUUCAUCACUUUCCUCCUUUACAUAUUCUUAAUUUUACUUCUCUUGCCGUCCUUGAUCUUUCUGAAAACCCUUUUGAAUCCUUCAUCCCACCUGAUUGGCUGCUUAGUCUUCAUGGCCUUGAUCAUCUCGGUUUGAGAUCAUGUGGUUUACAUAUAUCAAUUCCAAGCGGUCUGAGAAACAUCACCUUUCUUAGAUAUCUUGAUCUUUCCUACAAUCUCUUCAAUUCUACAACACCUGAUUGACUAUCUAGUUUUAGCCGCCUUGAAUACCUUGAUUUGUCCUCCAAUCUUUUCAAUUCUACAAUUCCUGAGUGGCUAUCUAAUUUUAGCCUUCUUAAACACCUUGAUCUGUCCUCCAAUCUCUUCAAUUCUACAAUACCUGAGUGGCUAUCUAAUUUCAGUCAUCUUGAAUAUCUUGAUCUGUCAUGGAAUUUCUUCACAGGGGGAUUGCCAAGAUCCUUUGAAAAUCUUUGCAACUUGAAAGUACUCAAACUUUACGAGAAUAACUUGAGCGGUGAUAUACUGGAGAUUUCAAACAUUUUGUCUAGUUGCAUUUUAGAUGAAAUAGAAACUCUAGAUUUAAGCUCCAAUAAACUUUGGGGCCAUUUUCCCGAACUUCAAAAAUCUAAAAAAUUGGUUAGCCUUGAUCUUUCUAAUAAUUCUCUUUCUGGACCUCUCCCUGAAAGUCUUGGUGAACUUGCACAUCUAGAGAGUUUUUCUGUGUCACAAAAUUCAUUACAAUGUGUCAUCUCUGAAGUCCACUUCACCAACCUCACACGAUUGAGGUAUCUCGAUGGAUCUGGGAAUCAAUUGUUCUUGAGUGUCAGUUCAAAUUGGGUUCCUCCAUUCCAACUUUGGGAAUUGUCAUUCAGGUCAUGUCGGUUAGGUCCACAAUUUCCCCAUUGGCUUCACUCACAGAAAAAUUUAGAGAUUCUAGACAUAUCACGUACUGGAAUUUCGGAUACCAUUCCUAGGUGGUUUUGGAGCUUAUCAUCUCAAAUUAUCUAUUUAAAUAUCUCUCACAAUCAUAUCCAUGGUGAGAUUGUAGAUGAGUUUUUAGCCACAUCUGUGCCAUUCAGUGCAAUUGACUUAAGUUCCAACCACUUUAAUGGUACAUUACCUCGUUUGUCGUCAAAUAUAUAGACACUGGAUCUUUCGAACAAUUUAUUUUCUGGAUCUAUUUCUCAAUUUCUGUGCUAUAAGAUGGAUGAAUCUAAGAACCUGCAACUUCUUAAUCUGGAAAGAAAUCUUUUGUCAGGAGAAUUGCCAAACUGUUGGACAAGCUGCAAUAGAUUGGAGUUCAUAAAUUUAGCAAAUAACAAUCUAAGCGGCAAAAUCCCAAGCUCCAUGGGAUCUCUAGAUUUUCUCAAAUCGUUGCAUUUACGAAACAAUAGCCUAUCUGGGGAAUUACCUCUGUCGCUGCAAAAUUGCACAAGCUUAGUGGCUAUUGAUUUUGGUGAAAAUGAAUUUUCAGGAAGUAUACCCACAUGGAUUGGAGAAAGGCUUUCAAAUCUCAAGAUUCUAAUCCUAAGAUCAAAUAAGUUUCUAAGCCAUAUUCCUAAGAAACUUUGUGCACUCAGUUCACUUCAAAUCUUGGACCUUGAACAUAAUAAUUUUUCGGGAAGUAUACCAGCAUGUUUCAUGAAUUUUUGCUCUAUGGCCAUACAACAAAAGUCAAGCAGAAAAAUGUUAUACCUGUCUAAUUCUACCUUUUCAUCCUCUUUUGAAGGUUUUUUAGAGAAUGCAUUAUUGGUAAUAAAAGGACAAAUGACGGGAUAUAGCACAAUUCUUCAACUGGUUACGAGCAUGGAUUUUUCAGAUAACAAUUUAUCAGGAGAGAUCCCUGAGGAAUUGACGAGUCUCUGAGGGCUUCAUUCAUUAAAUUUGUCUUAUAAUCUUUUGAUAGGAAGAAUUCCAAAGAAUAUUGGUGCUAUGGAACAACUAGAAGCCAUUGAUUUCUCCAUGAAUCAUCUUUUUGGUGAAAUCCCUCCAAGCAUGUCAAGUUUGACAUUUCUUAGUCACUUGAACUUGUCCUACAACAAUUUGAGUGGAAAAAUACCAUCAAGCACUCAACUUCAAAGUUUCGAUGCAUUCAGUUAUGUUGGAAACAGUUUAUGUGGACCUCCUGUUAAUAACAACUGCGGUGUUAAUGAUACACCAUCUGCUAUUGAAAAUGGAGCAGACAAAACAGGCCAUAGAUUUGCAGUGGACUGGUUCUAUGUUAGUAUGGCACUAGGAUUUGUGGUGGGCUUUUGGGGUGUAGUUGGUCCAUUUCUGUUUAACAAGUCAUGGAGAUUUGUAUGUUUUCAGUUCAUGGACAAUAUCUGGUAUAAGUUUCAUAGCGUUAUAUGUUCAUGUGGAUGAUACAGCAACAUAAAUAAAAAUUGUGAUCUUUAUUAAUCUAUAA